UGUAUACGUAACACGGCUGCCGCAGGCACCCAUACACACACUUGCGACACCCGUGCACGGAUUCUCGCGGAUUCUCUUGCCGUGGGCUAGGCGAGCAGAGGGAUCUGCGAACUGUUCACGCGGGGAAUCCUUUUUGGUCGUCGACGGUCGCAGAAAAGGAUCAACGGUGCGCCACACGUCGAAACGAACAACCGGUCCUCGGAAGAGUGGAAUGCGGACAACGUAGAGUGAACUGUAGACAGGACAAUUUAGAUAGACAAGCAGACAAAAAGGGGAAGGGAGAGAAACAGAAAGAGAGAAAAGAAGCUGGUGAUAUCACGGGCAAGGAAAUUGCGGAACGUAAACGGGUCACGCGAGCAGACCCGGUCAUCGGUGUCUCGUGCUUCGAGGGGGAAGUAUCGAAAUAUAUUGGCGGUGAGUGCGGUAUCGAGAGUAAUUAAGCAGUCGCGGGAUUACUCGGUAAUAAUGGCUGGUCGCGAUUGAGCGAGAGAGACAGAGGAAGCGUGUGCGCGGCCACUAGUGUACACUGGCUACAUCUAUCCGAAUAACACGGCAGGACGACGAAGAUAGAAAGGCCAAAGGAGAAAGAAUAGAGAAGGCAAGUGAGAACAGGUACUGAUAGGCUUGAAUAAAAGGAGAGGAAGACGGGGGUUGAUUGCCGGAAAAGCGGCGGGAUCGCAAUCGAAGAAAAUCAGAUGUCGUUAGGGGCCGUUGCCAGAACCCGGAACGGAUAUAUCGUUAGAAACGGUGUGGCGAUCGAAUAAACGAGGCGAGCAUUAAGAACGAAGUGACAGCUUGUCGCCGUGGUCGUUGUCGUCAGUCGAACGUCGAUUCCCUUCCCGCUUCCUACUUGGAGCAGAAGAGUCGAUGGGAUUGCGAGGAACACGGCUGGAUCGAGUCGAAGCGUGCCAGCGAGGAACGGAGGAGUACGACUCGAAGCGGGCAGAUGAUUUUCGAUCGAUUGACGGUCGCACGGCAUCGAGACUAUCGCGCCACCGAGUCUUGUUACGUGUGUAGGUUGCCAUGCCGUCGAACUGCCGCCGGAGAUGCGCACCGACGUUCAGUGAUGAUGAUACUUAGCUGAGAUGUGUCAUUUUUGACAGGAUCGACAGGGGAGAACAACGGUCGCCACGACAUCUGCUUCUUCCAAACGAUGCUUAGAUACAUCGUCGACGGAGGGAGACGAAACGCACGGUGAUCAGUAAUAACGAGAAGAAGGAAGAAAUAAAGAAAAUUGAGAGUAAUAGGCGGCAGACGAAGAAAGAAAUAGAGAACGUGAGGUGGAUCGAAGAAGAAAAGGAAAGCGAAUAUAGCAGAUCGGUGGAGAAAACAAGAGAAUGGCAUCUCGAUGCUCGUGCGUGGCCAAGCCGAAUGUGAAGAAUCGCUUUGUAGCGAAGAAACGAGGGGUGCAGCAAGAAGGAAACAACGCGAGGAAGUACGCGACUGCGAUAACUCGUUUUUCGCAACUCGUAGCUGUUUCUCGAUUCUGAGAGGCGUCCCGUCGACGUCGUUUUUAUGUGGCCUCUUCGUCAGAGUGACGACGAGCGAGAGGAUUCGGCACAUUGCCCGUCGGCUGCACGUGCGCAUUGAUGGUCGAUAGUGAAACUCCUUUUAGAGGCAGAUAGACGCGGAAUAAUCCUGUGCUUUCUCUCGUAUCGAGUUUUCAUGUCGAACAGGUGAGAGACGGCCCGCACACACACGGCUGGCGAACGAAUCACGCGCAUUCCGUCCUAGAACGAAUAUUAAUAACUAUAGAAAAGAAAAAGGAAGAAGAAAAGAGAAAGCAAAAUAAAAGAACUGGAGAGAACGGCGUGCAUGUGGAGCCCUUCGAGAACGAGAAUCGUUCAACGGCUAACCAUCGUAUCUCAAGGAGAAUAAUCGGUGACUAGUCGUACCAAUCGUGUGCAGCGUGUUGAGAAUGAUAAAGAAAGAAUAAGAGAAAGAUAGAAGGGCAUGCUGGGUAUACGAGACGGUGUGAUUUCGUUUCUGAGAGAGCAACGGCAACAGCAGCUGCACAUGCUACGGUGAUCCGUAUCAAUUCGCGACUGUGAUUUCUAAACUUAAGGUUAUAAACAAAUAUUAAAGAGAAGAAGACGAAGAAGAAGAAAGAGAGACGAGGGAAUAAGAAGCGGAGGAAGUAUAUACAUUAUUAAACACAAGCAAGAUAGGAAAAUAUAAAAAAUCGUCCAUUGUGAUACUAAGAUAUAUUAAACGAGAAUUAGGUGAACACGUGCGCUCAAGGAGAUGGGUGUGAAUGAAAGGGGGCGCGACACAGUGUGCCAGGCUGAAAUGCGAGUGUAAUUAAUGGAAACGAUGGUCGAUCGCGGGGCAUGCGUCGGAUCUACAAACUGUGAUACACCGAUAACCACACCGAGGAAAGCUUGAUGUUCGAUCACUGACGUCGAAUCGCGUGUACCGACCUAUCCAGAAACAAAGUGGAAUGAAUCGCCGGUUUCGAGUCGCGUUCUCAGCUACCUCGUGAUUCUUUCGCAGUCAGUUCAACCGCGUAACAUCGCAACAUUACAAGAAGCAGAGGUCUCAAGAUCAAAAGCACCACACAAGCGACCAGAAGCUUCCUAUUAGCAUAUUGAACGGCGUUGAUGCAAAGCAAAGUGACGUUGAUCCUACGAGAGGCCUAGGUGAGAGGCAGUGAUCAGGCCGUUAAGGAGCCGUGUAGUGCAGGUGAAGCUAGGUGCGAAGAGAGGAGAGAAAGCUUUAGAGCAGCGUCGCCGGAGCAGUCACCAGGCAUCGUGUACCACCCCCUGGCCACGGGGGGUGGGACAGAAAGACCGUCAGCGUGGGUGCCGGUGCUGCAGGGGCGCGCCUGGCCCGUCGGCUCGCCCGCAGAUUAGCACGCCGAUUAGCGGCUAGCUCGGGCCCGUUUCGGCGUACCGGCCUGGCGACCUCGGGGGGCCUCACGUCGGCGGCGGUGGCCGUGGCGGCCACGGGGGAGCAGUCCGCUCCCCCAGCAGCUGCGCCACGCCAUACCACGCCGAACGGAAGCGCCAACGGAUCGACCUCGAGCUCCAAUCGCAAGAACAGAGCCAUGUCCGUGAGAAGCCUGCACCGGCGCGUCUCUCACCCUUGCCAUGGAAUUGAGAACCGACAUGCCGCGAAACACGAAAAGCGUCCGUCACAGAAGCUCGAAACCUCCUGGCCAUUUUCCUUGGAGGGCGAGAGUGGCGGCGGUGGCGGCCGUUCUGUGACCAGCGCUGGUGGGGGUGGAGGAGGAGGUGGAGGUCGACGGGCACCGAGUCUACGGCUGGUGAACGGAAGAGCGACUACGGGGGUUAGUUUGCACACCAGCAGCACAGAAUCCGUUCGUUCACCCCAUCACCACCUCGGCCAGCAGCAGGGCGGCAACAAUAACAAUAACAACAACAACCAUAAUAAUAAUAACAACAACAACAACAAUAACUGCCACGCCGGUAAUAACCCCGCCGCGAACAAUCAUCCACGGCUUAACAAAGAUGACAGCAUCAAGAUCAGCAUCGAGAACACGAACACUUGCACGGACAGCCUCGUCACUGCUCUAGACGACGAGACAUUGCUCAUCACCGAUUUCGUAGCCGACCAAGGCAACGAGAUGAAUUACAAGGGCAGCGGGAAGGUCCACUUCGGAGUGGACGAUGUGUCCCUCUACGGGACGCCGAAGGAGGAGCCGGGCCCGGGUCUUCCGGGCCAGGAAGUCAAGCAGAGCUUCUUGAAGAAUCAGCUUCAGGCCCUGUUCCAGCCUACCGACAACAAACUGGCUAUGAAGCUGUUCGGAAGCAAGAAAGCUUUGAUGAAGGAACGGAUCAGGCAAAAGGCUGCAGGUCACUGGGUCAUCCAUCCUUGCUCCAGUUUUCGAUUCUACUGGGAUCUCUGCAUGCUCCUCCUGCUGGUAGCUAAUCUGAUAAUUCUGCCAGUCGCCAUUAGUUUUUUCAAUGACGACCUAAGCACUAGGUGGAUAGCCUUCAACUGCCUUUCCGACACGAUAUUCCUCAUAGACAUUGUCGUCAACUUCAGGACAGGCAUAAUGCAACAGGAUAACGCCGAACAAGUGAUCCUGGACCCGAAGUUAAUCGCGAAACACUACCUCAGGACUUGGUUCUUUCUCGACCUCAUUUCCUCCAUACCACUAGACUACAUUUUCCUCAUAUUUAAUCAAUUUCAGGACUUUAGCGAGUCCUUCCAGAUCCUGCAUGCUGGCCGUGCUCUCAGGAUCCUCAGGCUUGCGAAACUGUUGUCGCUGGUUAGGUUACUACGAUUGUCAAGACUGGUGCGGUAUGUCUCGCAAUGGGAAGAGGUCUAUAUAUUGCAGAACCUACAAAAAAAACGCACUGAGCGGAGGGGGCGCCUAAGUUCUGACAAUAUGAGUAAAAAGAAGUCCGGUUUCAGCAAAAGCGACCUUAUUUUUAAGUUCCUGAAUAUGGCGUCGGUGUUCAUGCGGAUUUUUAACCUGAUUUGCAUGAUGCUCCUAAUCGGUCACUGGAGUGGCUGCCUACAAUUCCUGGUCCCAAUGCUCCAAGGGUUUCCUAGUAACUCAUGGGUCGCCAUCAAUGAAUUACAAGACUCAUUUUGGCUGGAACAAUACUCAUGGGCCCUUUUCAAAGCCAUGUCGCACAUGCUCUGCAUAGGAUACGGAAGGUUUCCACCGCAAUCCUUGACCGACAUGUGGCUCACUAUGCUCAGUAUGAUCAGCGGUGCUACCUGUUAUGCACUUUUCCUUGGACACGCGACGAAUCUCAUUCAGUCGCUCGAUUCCUCCAGGAGACAAUACCGCGAGAAGGUGAAACAAGUAGAGGAAUACAUGGCCUAUCGAAAGUUACCACGAGAAAUGAGACAGAGGAUCACGGAAUAUUUCGAGCAUCGAUACCAGGGCAAAUUCUUCGACGAGGAACUGAUCCUCGGAGAGUUGUCGGAGAAAUUAAGAGAAGACGUGAUCAACUACAACUGCAGAUCGUUAGUCGCGUCCGUGCCAUUCUUUGCCAACGCCGAUUCCAACUUUGUCUCGGAUGUCGUUACCAAACUGAGAUACGAAGUCUUCCAACCGGGUGAUAUCAUCAUCAAGGAAGGUACGAUCGGCUCUAAAAUGUACUUCAUACAAGAAGGCAUAGUCGAUAUCGUGAUGGCGAACGGCGAGGUCGCGACUUCGCUGUCAGAUGGCUCGUACUUUGGCGAGAUCUGUCUACUGACGAACGCGAGGAGGGUAGCCUCGGUCCGUGCCGAGACCUACUGCAAUCUCUUCAGCCUCUCGGUGGAUCAUUUCAACGCCGUGCUGGACCAGUAUCCAUUAAUGCGCAGAACGAUGGAAAGCGUUGCCGCCGAGAGGUAUAAGCUUUGGUUGAACAAAAUCGGCAAGAAUCCGAAUCUGGUGGCUCACCGCGAGGAGGAUCUUGGAAGCGAGUCGAAGACGAUAAAUGCCGUGGUGAACGCGCUCGCUGAGCAAGCCGCGCAUGCUAGCGCCAGUGAAGAAUCGGUACACAGCAUGGAACUGAGGACUCUUCCCGCUUGUCUGUUGCCCAGACCAAAGUCUGAGAAUAAUUUCGCGAGUCAGGAGCUCUCCCGAGAGGGACGACGGAUCUUCCACAAGAGCGACACUUUCCACAAGGAUUCGUAUCAAUGACGACACUCGUUAUACUAGCAUACAGAGAGAUACUAACGGCUCCAUGAGCGACAGUGGCGUUGUACACUGUCGAUCGGAUCGUUGGCAGCCGUUUUAAGCCUAGAUCCUGGACGCUACACUAGAAGCAAUCUAUACAUAGAUAUACGCUAUGCCAGUAGUCUUCUAGCGAUCGGUUUCUAGCGCCUUCUUAUAUUAACCUGACGGCACGUUCCAGUCCAGGAUCUAUGCGUAAAAUCGCGCGGACCAAGAGAAUGCCGACGUUCUCCAACGAUGGCACGGCACAACACACAAAAUAAAACCAUCGUUUAGACGUAACGCUAUUAUUUUCCCCGUCUGCGAGACGUUCAACCUCAACAGCAAUAAACGAAGCAACCGACAAAAAGAAGAAGAACAGAAAGCAUUACUGUGAAGGGUUAGCUACGAUUGUUGUCCUUCGUUGUCACGAAACGAUCGCACGAGGAUAGAGAAACGAUCGAGGAAUAUUUUCAACGGAGGAUCUUAUGCUCGAUGAAGGAAGAAGAAGGGGAUCGAUAAAAAGAUGGACAGCUGUGCCAUCGAUCGGAGAACACGGAGCCGUUAAUUCCUGCCGCGAGUCUUCUUCAUCGACGCAGGCGUCGCAACUAAAAAGCGAACAGAAACUGAUGCGACGACUGGAUGAAGACCUCAACGACGACGAAGAGCAGGCCUAGAAAUUUAUAGAGCGUAUGUAGAGCCCAUCGUGGACUAGGUAGAAAAAUCCUAAACGACAGUGUUAAACGAUGCGUAAAUUUCUCUGUGAUUUUGCAAAAGCCGUACGUUUCGCACUUUUAGGGAAAAAAUGAUGAAACACAGGGGCGAGGGAGGGGGUAUGAAAACAAGAAAGAGGAUAACCUAUACACGAACGAUUAGGAUUCUGUUUUUGGUUCUUUUCUAAGACAACUAACUAACGUAUUGAGGAGGACGAGAGAGAAACUCGUGAAACGAGGGGUAUUCCAGUUAUAAGUUUGUUAACGUGUUUUAACUUUAGCUUCGUAUCGUUGGAUAGUCCCGCGCGAGUGACCGAACGAAUAGUAAGAUUAAAAGAAGAAGGAAGGAGCAACGUAUAAUACAAGAGCUGGCAAUCGAAAGGGAAUUUGAACGAAGAUAAAGGACAAGGAAGAUCGAAGAGGAUGUCCCAUUUAUCGCGGUUAAUCUGUCCUAAUUUUUAAGAUCGAAGGAGCACGCCUGCGAUUCAGAACUCGCUUCUAUGCUAUUUUAUUUUCGAAAUGGAAAAUCUUAAUAAUAAAUAGAAAAUACUUCUCGAAUCGAUUCGGGGCAGUGGACAAAUUGCCGAUAUCGAAUCACAAUCAACAGAUCUAUUCAAUUAAAAAUCGGGGUUUCGGAAGAUCAUGCUGAGACGCGAACAGAAGGGAAAGGAUCCAGCGCCACGGGAAUCGAGAUGGAUGAAUGUGUGAGAAUUUUUCAGGGUUACAAUUUCGAGGACAAACGGGGUAUCGAGUGAAGAAAUUUAUGUCGUUCUACAACAGAGAGAAAAUUAAUAUUAUAAAACAAAUCUAAAUCGAAGGCCCAAAGAUCGUGUUAACUUGUUGAGUGUUCUUUGGGCUGCCACGGCUAAUAUAAAAAAAAAAUGUAACACAAACGUCAAUGAAUGAGAGAUAAAAUUAAGUAAGUGGAACGCGAGAGAGAGCGAACGAGAGAGCGAGAGAUAAGUAUCUUUUUAUUCGGGUGAAAGACACGCGAUGUAUUAUAAGAAGCGAACAAAACAAAACAAAACAAAACAAAAGAAACAAACAAAAUAGAAGAAAAGAAGGAAGGUAUAAAUAUUAUGUAAUAAAUUAUUAUUAUUGUUACCGGUUAUCAUUGCAAUGAUUAUUACAUCCACUACCGCAUAAAUGAAAAUAAAAAAACAGUAAGCAGAAUAAAUGACAAAAAAAUAAACUAAGAAGUAAAAGAUGAGAAAACAGAUUACACACAUAUUAUAUAUAUAUAUACAUACAUACAUAUAUACAUAUACAUAAAUAUACAUAUAAAGUAUGCAUAGUGGUCAAUACAGUGCUGCAAGAUAUUAACGAUCUAACGUUUUAAACUGUAAAACGCAAGGAAGAAUGACACACCGACAGACACCGAAUAUACAUUUACGAACAGUCUCGGAUACAAUGACGAUCCUUGAGAAUAAAAUAAUGUUGCUUCUCUGAUAUUGAUUUCACGAUUCGGCAGAACAUUUUCCAAGCGAUAAGGAAAAAACGGAAUAUAAAAUAGAAUUAAGAAUUUAAUACACGAUCGAAUUGUAUUAUUUUUCUAGCUGUUGGCGCGUACGUUUUUCGUUGGCGCGGUGUUAUUCUUUGCGUAUUUAAAAGUUUAACGCGACUGUUGAAUUUGUCUGAUAUUAAGGUUAUAAGAGAACCCUCGAUUCUGAGAGAAUAUUUUCCGGGUCAGUGGCUUCUGAACUUGGAUUUUAUUAUCGGCACAUCUCCCUUUUAAUUCUUAAAAUGUAUAAAACACGCCAGUUCUCCACUCUAACUCUACAUCGUAAAUUGUGAAAUGAUGUUACAGUUAGUAACGUGUUUCGUUUCAAAAUUUUAUUCAGUGGAUUUCUGUCAUUUGAUUAUUACAUUAAAGAAGGAACAAAGUAAAAGUGAGAUUACAGCAAUAAAAGAGACGCAGGAACCACUGUACCACGUGUUAGCUCAAUUGAACGUAGAAUCGCAUCUGUUCGCAAAUGAUACUCUUCUUUAAACAAUUAAACGAACGCUCUAAGAGUCUAAUUUACAAAAUAGCAACGUUACUUGUUCUUUUGAAGUAUUAUAUAUGAAUAAUAUGUAUACACACGUUGGAUCACAUAUUGACGUAUACAAUUAUUACACCGACGAACACACACACACACACAUACAACGGCGAAUGAAAAAGAAAAAACGAAACGUGCCAUUCGUUUCCUAGUUGAAUGUGUACACCUUCGUGCAUAUGUGAUUGGAUAUGCAUACAUGUACAUAUAUACAUAUAUAAAUAUAUAAAUAUCCACGUAAGAGUGUAGGAAUAUUAUAUACAUGCGUUUCAUACAUAAUACAUAUACAUAUGUAAACAUAUACACCUACACACGUAUGAGGAAAACAGAAGUACCUAUUUUUCAUGUAAGAGAGAGAUAGUUUUCUGUCAUUAUUUUACAUCCCCUCACGUCAUCCUGAAUAAUAUUAUAUUAUAUAUAUAAAUAACGAUAAAAAAAAGAAUAACUAACUACGAUAAUGAUUAUUAUUAUUAUUAUAUAUAAAUAUUGUAAUAGCGAUGAAAGAGAACGGUUUGCGUACCGUGGGUCGAAAAAAAACAUCCCAAAAAAUGGUAGAAUACUCGUAGACCGCAUGACCGACGUUUUUAUAGAAAUCAACUCUAUACAUACAAAAACCGGUCUAGGACUAAUCUGCCAGAAAGGUUCGGGCCUAAGGUGUACGCGUAACUAAUUAUACAAACAAAAAUGAAAGAGAGAAAUUAAAGAGAGAACGAGUGUGAGAAAGUGCGAAAGAAUAGAAUUAUUGUUACUAAUUGAAAAAAAAGACGAGCGAGAACGAAGUAGAAGAUGAACGAUUUAUUAUUAUUACGAUUAUUAUUAUGAUUACGAUUACGAUUAUUAUUACGGUUAUUAUCACGAUUAUAAUUAUUCUUGUUAUUAUCAUUCGUAGAACGAAAACGUGGCAGAGAAGGAACGGAAGGAAAGAAGUUGUAUUCUUUGCUAUCCCUGCUGAAAAAAAGCAAAAAAAUCGAUAGAUAACUAUUUAUCCGCUGUCUGCUAAUGAAACGAUCAGAGCGCGACGGGAAAGAGGGGGAGAAAGAGAGAAAUAUUAUUAUACCGCGUAAAAAAGCAUAAAAUAAGAUAAGAUACGUUAUGUGUUGUAAAAAUCGCUCUAUGUACAACGUGUACAUACAGACAGCCGCGAAAAGAGCAUAGACUUCCAGAAAAAGAAAAGAUAAAGGCGAAUGUUAUACGAAGAAAUAUUAAAACGAACAGAGAAGCAGGCGAAGAAGGAUAACAAAAAUAUAAUAUUAGGAUUAAAUAUCGAGCAAAUGCGAACAAACACAGUGUUAAAAAAAAAAAAAAACAAAUAAAUAACUCGUGCGACUAUUCGAGAUGCACGUUAUUUGCUAAGCGACAAGAGUGAGACACGUAAUUAAGCGAAUUAACAAAACAACAAAAGCAAACAGAAAAAAAUAAAAAAAAGUAACAUACAAAAAGGCAAAGUUAGUUUUUGUAUCGAUAUCGAGAGAAUAGGUUUCGCAAGGUAGCAGAGAAACGGAAGACGAUCAGGGGCCCGGAAAUCGGAAAUGAUAACAUAAAAUCCGCGCGUGUAACACGUUUACAUGGCGAAAUCGAAGAAACCACUGAUGGAGUUCGAUUUAAAAGAAAAGAGGACAAAGAAAAAGAAAUAAAGGAGAGUCAUCGAAGAACUUCAGUUUUCUCGUCAGAUCGAUGAUGAAUGAUGAAUUGCGAGAUCGUCGUUCGCGGUUGAGAAACGAUACGGAAUAAUAAUAAACGAUGCCAGAACUGUCCUAGAGCCAGAGUAUAAAAAAGUAUACAACAUAAAAAGACUGUAGCGCCAUGAAAUAUGUGUAUCUCGGAUCUUAACAUAUCAGACGUCUCGUUUCGAGCGACUACGAGAUCGUUCGCGGCGAGAUUUUUCGCUGGACAGCUUGCUGAUUAUCCGCGUUUCCAAGUGAAGCACACUUUGGACGAGUCUGGUGAUGGGCUAAGAAUCUUUUUUAAACGUGUUUGAAACUGUUAAUUAACGUAUGGAAGUUAUAGUAACGCGAAUGCCAUGAUCCAUUGUGCAAGGGUAAUGGAAAAGUAUUCAACGGAAUUUUCUUAUAUGAGAUUUUGUUUUUUCUAAAAGAUUGUUUUAAAUUUGAUCGAUGAAUUAUUAUAGAUUUUUUUCUGUCAAUAUUUUAUGCAUUAACUUGUUAAAAAUCGAGCAAUGAGAUGAAAACUGAAAUGUGUUAACAAUGUAAGUUAUAUAUCAUUUCGAUAUGUUACAGGAAAAAUUACAAAAUCGUUUUGUCAAGUUUGUCAAGUUACAAACAAUGCACUAGAGUAAUAGAUACUAGGAUAAUCAGAGAUUCAACAAAUGUUUUCCUCACUUGGCAAGAAAUCAUAGUACUAUAAAUAGCUCAAUCUUCUGAAAUUUCAUAAAGUUGUAGGAUCUAAAUGGAGAAAGAAAUAUCGACAAAAAUAUUAAACAAAUCCUUAGAGCUGUUCUUCAUAACCACAAGUUAAAAAACAGAAUUCAACAAUGUAAAUUGAAGUAUUGCAAAUGAAAUAUUGUGUUAACAUAACGUUGAUCUUUAAUGAAUUAACAUAAAACUUAUAAACAAACUUUUUUUAUUUUUUAUUUUUGAAUUGUUAUUCUUAAGGAAAAUGUAUUCCUAAGGUUUAUUUAAGGUUUAUUGUGAAUCGGAUAAAAAACUUUUCUUAUAUAAAAAAAGCAUAUUUAACGAUUUCCAAUUAUUUUUGCACAAAAACUUAUCAUGUUACCAAUAUCUAACAACCCAUGAAGUCUUGAAACGUAAAGAUCUUUCAGAUAGAAGCUUCACCAACAUAUAAAAGCCAUUACUAUAACUUUUUACUCGCAUAGGAAUUACCAUAGACGUUUCUAUCACUUUUAAAACUCUCAAACAAUUGUCAAAAAUCUUUACUCUUCAAGACUUUCUAACUCCAAUCUUAUACCUCGAGACACAAGAUCUAAAACGAAAUCUCAAUCUUCUUAACGCAUAAAAUAUCCAAUUAUUAAUAUAAUUUUAAAUUUCCUAAAAUAUCUAUCCACUCGAAAUGUUAGAUCUGUGGAAGUCUAAAUUUCCAAAAUUUCGCAGAAGCCUACAGAGACCUGAUACGAAGAACGAACAACCCAUCACCAGACAUUUCAAAGCUUCCUAACCUCAAGACCAGCCUACCUUCCAAAUCUCGCAAUUCACCUUACUAUUGUUCUCGAAAAAACAAAAAGAAAAACGAAAAAAAAAAAGGAAGAAAUUCUGUUUUCGACGUCAUUGGCUUGCGAGUUCAACGAGCCUACCGAGAGCCAUCGAAUCGAGAGAGCGUAGUCGAACUGAACCGUAGCGAUGACACAGUGUAGACAGAGAGACACACACACCUAGCUAAAACUAAAACACUUCCGUUUCCGGUUUCAAGGAUCGAACGCAAUUAUUUAAGGAAAAGAAACAAACAAAAAAAAUUACAAAGAAAAAAGAUAAAAAAAUUAUAACGAUCGAUAAUGAAACAUGCGACUGUCCAAUGCCAAGUAGAAUGCUAAGCUUCGUUAGACAGUACACUGGCAAGCGUUUCUCGGUGAUCUCUACAAGGUGACACGCAAGACUGGCUCUUUAAAUCGCUGGUGUCUCGUAGAUUCCGUAUAGGUAGAUGUUCAUGUUCAAUGAUUUUGUUUAAGUAAUCAUAUGUUAUAUACACACGCGCAUAAGUGAUUGAAACAACGAAGUCGAAGAUAUUAAAGUUCGUAAUCGCAGAUCAAUCGACAUGUCGAUCGCCUUGUAGAUCUCGUUAGGGAUGACUCUGAUAGAUUAGCCACUGUGUCUUAUCAUGUUCCUCUUUUUCUCGAUCGUUUCACUUGUUUAGAAAGUUUAUACCCUUUUAUGGUGUAAUAAAACGAUGAAUAUUGAAGAAACGACCUAAUCCUUUCAUACGGAAUAAUAAACAACAGUAAGGAUUUAUAGUACACAGACAUUUGUUAGAAGAAAGAAGAUAAAUAGGUUGAAUUUUCGAAAUAGCAAUUUUCGAAGUGGAAUUUAUACAAUUGAAUUUGGAUCAAGAAAUAUAAUAUACUUAAAUUUGUUUGAAAAAAGAGGAGAAGUAUAGAUUAAAUAAUUUUCAAAACAGAAUUUAUGCAAUCGAAUUUUAAUUACAUUCGUCAUAUAGUAAUGGUUGUUAAAUAUAUCAACUUAAUUUCAGUUUAUAGCAGUAAUGAAUUUAAUAAUUUAUAAGCAAUUUAAUAAUUAACGUCCUGAAAAAUAUUGACAUAUUUUUAUAAACGAAACGACAAAAUCUACCAUUGUCCAAAGUUCCAAUUAAAUCGCCCGAUGCUUCUGCACUUUCCUUGAUAAUACUAUUUAUAACAGGAUUGUAUGCAUAAGAAAGAUGAAGCAGUUUUAUUGUGUGUAAGAAAACUAGCUUUUUUCGAAAGCUUAGGUUCAGAGGUUUUAAUUGUACUAUGUCGAACCCGAAGAUUAUACUAAUUAGAAAAAAUUAACAGUUCCGUAAUUCCAGUUAAAAAUAGAUAUUCCUUGCUUCUUCAUUUUAUGCAUCGUGUGUUGUAAUAAGUUUCGGUGGUGACAGAAAAAAUUAUAACAAUCCAAUAGUCUUCGUAAAAAUUAUCUCGAGACAUGUGGUUUUCUUAAUCUCGGAGCAAUUAAAGAUUAAAAAAUGGUCCCUUUUCCACAUUCUGAAUUACAGUAGAGUUCUAAUACUGCAGCUUUCAAGACAUUUAAUUAACAAAUAUGCCGGAUCGUUGACUUAUGUCUAGAUAAUGUGAGAAAUAUGAUAAAAAUAAUUUGAACAAGAGAAAAUAAGAAAGUUUCAAUUCUUUACAAUAAUCUUUAUCUUUCUUAGAAUAUGCUAAUGGACUAGUUCCGACAAAAAAUAACAUAAAUUGAUCUAGGCUUAAUAGUAAUUAAUUUAAUAGACCUACGUUUAUAUAAUACGAUGAAAACGAAAAAAAUGAUAAUAGAAAAUCUUUCUGCAGUAAUCUUUGUCCUAUCUUUUUGAGAAAUAUGUUAAUAAAUUAGUAAGAUUUUUCCUACGAAGAUAGGGCCAAAACCCAACAAUAAAAAUCUUAACAGCGAUCAAUUGAAAAAAUCUUGAAUAAUUAUAACACCCUUAGUCGAUCGAAUGUUAAACUAUCAUGAGCGUCAAACCAACAUUAAAAUUUCACUAUAUUUAUAUUUAUCAUAUCAGAUGCAAAAACGUCUAAUUUUAGCCAUGUACAUACAUAUAAUAAAAUUCUAAUAUUUGUUUAUUCCCUCUCCAAUUAUUUAUUUACGACUAAUACGUAUCAAGUCAGUAAAUUUGUCCAAUCUUCGUAUUACACCAUGAAAAGGUCUAAUUCAUAGAAAUUCCGAUAGGAAUUGAUUUGAACGUAGUGAUCAUCGUUAAAUCGAUCCAGCGGUGUGCCACCGUGUAGAAAUCAUUUUAGUCGCUCGAGAAACCUGCGUAUAGUAGCGCCUUGUAAAGAAACAAACAAACAGAUAUAUAAACAGUAAAAAAAGAAUAAAAAAGAACACGAGAGAAAGAAUGGAUGCGCGACGAGCGACUGAGAACGAGCGAAAAAGGAUCGUGCGUGUGAGCGAGAUUGAGAAAAUGCGAGAGCGAGAGAGAAACAAAUAUAAAACAUUACCCUAGCGUCAAUUUUCUACGAAAAGAGUUUUCUACAAAAUUCACACCAUAAGCGUGCAUCUGGUCGCAUCGCGCUUAUCGUAUGAAUCUAUGUAUGUAUGCUACACGCAAGCGCUGGUACGAAUCUCUUGACGUUUUUCUAAUUAGAACAUCGUUCGCUAAGUUUGUUACACAAAGAAAAAGAAAAAUAAAUAAAUAACGUUUUCGCGGAAUGAUCGAUCGUGAACAUCGAUAUCGGUUUGUUCGAUGUAAAAGCCGACGAGAAUGUGAAACUAAGAGAGAGAGAGGGAGAGAAAGAGAAGAGAUGAGAGGAAGCGAGCGAAAGAGCGAGAGAGAGAGAGAGAGAGAGAGAAAGAGUGCAGCCCCAUAAAAAAAAGCAAGCAUAGUAGCGGAUAUAAAAAUUAAGAGCUCAUAUAGGUGCUUGUUCGAGACGCACUAAAUAAUUGUAAAAGCGAAUAAUAUGGAAUCAGAUAAAAAAAGAAAAAAAAUGAAGAUGAAGCAAUUACGAACUAUCGUUCAAUUAUUGAGUUCCGUAUCGGUGUUUAACUUUUCGCACUCGACCAUCUUCAUUCGUAUCCUUCAUCCUCUGAAUUUUCACUUUACAAACGAACACAAGGAAUCUAUAAGUAGCGAUUAAUAAUUACUUCUCUAUGUACGAACAUUCGAAAUCGAGUUUCCACUAAUAGAAAAUAUGAAACUACCUAAUAUAUGAAUAUUUGAAUCGAGUGCGCAAAGAAUUAAAAAUCGAUCGAGAUAUUCCUAUCGCUCCGGGAAGGAUAUAGAAUUCUAAUCGUUUGAAAAUGAGAAGUAGAGUGAUUAUUAUAAAAACGUGUUCGAGCAAAAGCGAUGUUUGCGAUUAAUAAGAGUUAACAUGUAUAUUUUCGUUCCAUUGUAAUUCCGUCGUCCGAUGAAGCCCAAUGGUGUAGUAUCGUUGUAGAUAAAUUAAUGCCAAAAAUGAAUUUUUGCGACUUGAUCUGGAUUAUAUGUUCUAGACCUGUCGAUUUCAGUUCCGUCAAGCCUCGUUUAGAUUAGACAAAUGAACUAUAUUCGAGUAAUUUAUGAUCCCUUUACCACUGAGAAAUAUCCUUUUAUCGCGUUGACUGCUACAAUAAUUACAUAUAUGUGGUUUCUUGUGGUCGGAACUGCCUUAUUUUUCAAUAGGAUAACGACAAGCUAUAUAAUUAUAUGUUUAAGCGUUAAUGAAUGAAUUUUUUCCCUAACAAACAUAUUUUUUCACUGUUCUUUACUGAGAAGCGCCAUAUGAUUCACACGGCCCAUAUAGCUGGAAUUUUUCACGGCCAGCAACGUGUUAAGUUUCUAUAUUUGUUCUCGUUAGUCAAAUCAUUAUUAACGUGAACUUAUUGUUUUAUUUGAAUUUAAAUAAUCUUUCAAGUUUCUACGUUCGUUCUCAGUAGCUAACGAUAAUACACUUCGCCCUUAUUUGGUUACGUUCAAGUAGCUUCACAGCAGUUACUUUACUAAUAUUGAUUUAUUUAUUACUUUAAUUGAUUUGAAAUAUACUUUUAGGUUUUUUCGUAAACCUAAGAUUAAAGAGGAUCUCUUAACCAUCCCUUGAUUUGAAACAAAUAACAGUGAUUAAGAUGUUGGUUCCUCAAACUAAGUCGAUUUUAGUAUAUCAUUUUAGGUAUCUAGUUGAAGUCAGGUUGCUUGAACUCGAACGAUUUCUAAUUUAGUAACUUGACUUAUAAUCGUGACAAAUACGUGUCAAGUUAUUUGAGUUCAAAUAACCUGAUUAAUCUGAACGAGACUUUAGAAACAGGUUGCCUGAUCGGUAUUUGCUGUAUAUAAUAACUCUCUAGUCGCAAGAUAUCAAUUUUCUUUGGUUUUGCAACCUUAGAAAUAGCGAGGAAAAAGAUAUUAAGCAAAUGUCUGAAAUUCUCUUUUAAAACCACGACGUUAACAAUGAACAAAUUUUAAUAACAGGAAUACUCUGACAAAGAAUCGAAAGUGAAAUGUAACGUGUUGAUAAAGUAACGUUGGUCCUGAUAAUAGGUGAAUUUUAAACGAAAGAUCAUAGCUGGUAAGAAAAAUCGAUGGACUUUUACUCUAGGAAAUAUUUAUAAAGUUCCAUUGCAAAUUAACCAGUUAAUCCAACCUUUAGCGAGUUAUUGCAAAACGAUCGAAAAGUAAUAACUGGAGAGUUCUCAGAGAGAAACCUCAGUUCGAUUCCCAAAAUUUCGUUCGAACCGCUACACCAUUGUUCGCAACAGUGAUCCAACCACCUCCUCAUGGAACGAAUAUAAUUGUGUUUUGCGAUUACGAUGAAACAAAAAAAAAAAAAAGAAUAAAAGAUAUACGUGUAUUCACGUACAUGUAAGUGUAUAUGCGCGCGUGCGUACGAUAAAGAUGAAUUUCGUUUAGGCCAGCUCGUGGCUCGAGCAAGUAAAAAUAUGCUUAAAACUGACGAAACGAAGAAGGGGUUUAACGGAACUAGACAGGGUUAGGGUUUUGAUCGAAAUAAUCCUACCAUCCGCAAUUUGAUGUCUACACAUAACACGUACACUGAUGAAAGUUUUCGUGUUCGUUAUAGCGGUGUAAACAAAUGGAAAGAGACAGGAAAGGAAAAAAGAACGUGAAAAGGUGGACGUUUUUCGUCACGACCACAUCAAUCAUAAUUAGAAAACGUUUGGUCGAAAAAUAAGAUGAAUUAAGAAAUAAUACUAAUAAUACGUAUGAAGAGACUCUAUCGCGAAGGAAUAGGUACAUCGUACUUCUUGAGACAUAUACACGUAUACUUCUUCUUGUUUCCGGUUCUCUAGCCUGCGAUUAAAUAUAUUUUAUUAAAGAAUAAAUAAGAGAUAAAAACGUUGCAAAUAAUCGAAUAACGAGCAUAAAGUGUAAUGAUGCAUGCAAAAUAGAGAGUAAAAAGAAAACAAUUAGUGGCCACGGAUUAUAAGGCGCAAUUGAAUUUAAAACGCGAAACGAGUUAAACUACCACAGCAGCAAAAAAAAAAAAAAGAACAACUACUAAAA